AUGGCUAAGCGGCGGGUCGUGCGUUGGUCUAGUUGGCAAUUGCGGCGGCUGGCCACUUGCGCAUGGGCAUGCGCCUUACUCUUACCGCUUCUUACUGAUGUCCACGCUGAUGUAGAUACAUCAACUGGUCAUGGAGACAACACACUUACCAAUUCAGUGGGUGGUGUUAUGGCGCUUAAUUUUAUUAAUUAUGCUGCAAUUAUUAGGAAAUUUCAGUACAUAUUAAUGAUGAGCGAUGGUGGCGAAUGGAGAUGUAGGGAGUUGUAA